AUGCAAGACGAUACGGGUCAUAUCAUGUCGUCUAUCGGGCCUGAAGACCUCGAAAAUGUCCAAGGCCUUUGGAGGUUUCAAUUGCACCGCGUCAAGGCACGAACGUGGGCUUAUCGGGAUAUCAAGUUCCUGGUAUACGACGACACCGUCGACAAGGAGGAGGUUGACUCGGAGGCAGGGCAAAGCAGCAAGGACACCGUGGAGUCCGACGACGCACCCAUCGCGGCGAGUUCUGAAACCCCUCUCGCCCAGGCAGAUGGCGACGCAGACAACUUUGAAUGCAGAAUCUGUUCGAAACUGUCCACAUUUCCCCACGACAAGAGAACACGAAAUUUCCGCCUUUUCAACCCGACGGACGAGUUUCCGCAUCUCAUCACCAAGCAUCCCAAGUUUUUCAAUGUAUGCGUUCAAUUACGUCGCAGUAUCGUACGGAUGUACUGCUGGCCCGAGCAAGUCUCAGACGAGGAUGGAAAACCCAUUGUCUCCCAUCAUAGAGUCGCAGUGGACUUUGCUAAUUCCGUCGGCCUCCGUAUAAUUUGGAUCGACCAAGAAUGCCUCUCGCAACCGAAAGAAGAUGGCUCAGAGGAAGAUGAGGCAUACCCGCGGCUAGACCGCAGUACUGAAGAACUGCGUUUCACGAGCUUCCGUCCGCGGCUGUUCGAAUAUCCAUUGGAUUUCUUAUACAUGGUUCAGCCAGACAAAUGGCACACGCGGGCAUGGGUUAUUCAAGAAGCAGUCAGCGUCGGCGACGGCCUGGUUCUAGUCUUCCGAAGGGGCCCCUGCAUUGUUUAUACAUCCAAGUUCCGCGCCAAUCAGAAGACAGGGUCAAUUCCUCGACAUCCUUUGGAUCCAGAGAAGCGGACACUACAAUCGGAGAUCAUCUGCAUUCCUGUCGACCGCCUCCAAGCCCUGGUCCAAACCGGCAAGUCGCUGCUGGAACAACGUAUCCAGCUCAUCAGACAGGCUCUGGUGCGCACCAGCACCGACGACACCAUCCCGGUUCUCUCCGCAGCGGAGUCCCUUCAUCCAAAGAUCAUAGUGCGCCAGCAUGCGGCCGGGAUCCACGCGUACGGAGGCAAAGUCUACGGCGGCCGUCAAAAGGUGAACGCGGUCUCGGCCCUGACGCUGCUGAAAGGUGGCACAGCAUGA